AUGCAUGAAGUCCAGUGUUUGCCAUGCAAAAAAUGGAUGGGGAUGGUUUUUUUUCUAGGGAUAUCCUCGGGCUUUGGGCUUCUUCGUGGAGCGGACGCGGAGGAGGCGAACCUGCCCAAGGUGGACGGACAGGCUCUGCUUCCCCCGGCGGAGGACGGCGGAAGGCAAGAAGGCACUCCCCCUGGAGCCGGGGCGGCAACAAGUACAAAGCAGACGGCGAGCAGUGUGCCAAGAACAUCGGCAGUUAGUGCCUCCGCAAACGUGGACCACAACGAUACAAAGAGAAUCAGCACCGCGCAGCUUGUUCGAGAUGAACAGGAACCACACAGCUUCCAGAGGGCACAACCUCGGCCAGCGGCAUUCCGGCAAGGCAGCGGC